UUGCUUAGCAACCACAUCUUGCGAAGACGAAUCAUCAGCAUCAUUUGGAUUUUGGUAGAGUCGCAAUGACUGCCCUCAAGAAGCGGUGCUAGAGCAUCUUGGUUCGAGUCCGAGUAGCGGCAUAAGAUUUUUUUAAUUUCCUAAAACAUCCAACAAGUCAUAUACUAUGAUGAAUUCAAUUCUAUAGCUCCCUCUUUUUUUAGAAUUAAAAUUUUUAAGGUAUUUUCGACUUUAGAACAUAUAUUAAUUCAUAUAUCCUUUUCAGUUUUUUCACUUGGAAUUACAAUUCAUUUGAUAACCAUAUUAAUCGAUGAAUUCGUAGAACUAUAUGAUUCGUCAAAAAAAGGAAUGAUAACUAGUUUUUUUUCCCUGUAUAACAGGAUUGUUAGUUACUCGUUGGAUUUAUUUGGGAUAACGAAAUCUACCCGAGUAACGACGUCAUGAAUAACUUUUUGACGAACUUUAUGAGUUGGAUACUCUUUCUAGUUUUGAUGAUCGGUUGAGUAUGGAAACACAUUAGUCAUGUACAAAAUGCAUUGUAAACUUGGUAAUCUUACAACGUUUCUAGGAUAAUAUUUCGAGAAACUAAAAGAGCUGGGCAAAAAAUAGAGCAGCUGGUUAAAUAUACUUAUUUCCAGAGGAAGCCAAACUACGGCAGGUACUAAUCCAGGUAGGGUUAACGUUAACACGGCAACCAAUCACAGCAAAUCACAGAAAAGUAUUGAACAACCGCGGGGAAAAAAAAAUAGAAAAAGGAAGAAAAAAAAAAAGACAAUCGCCGUAAACGCCGCCAAGGCAGAUCCACGUAGGAACGGAGUGAAAUCCGAAGCAAGGGUGUCACGGUCCGAACCUCGUAGGUUCGGAGCUGAACACAGCUGGAUACAGGCUGUCACCAACAAAGUCCCACUCAGCGAUUCCCCUAACUGCGUUCGCUCUCUCUCUCUCUCUCCUUCUAUUUUUCCUUCCCAAUUCUCUCUCUCUUCUUUCCCCUCUCCUCUUGUCUCCGGUCUCUGUGUUUCUCUCCCCUUCUGUUGCCCCCUCGCCCUCUGCUCAUUCUCUCUCUCGUUCUCCUUCCCCCUUUUGCGUUUCCGGCUAGGGUUUCGCCCAUCACCUCCGGAGAUUCGCCGAUUUUACGUCGGCAGUCGGUGGAUCAAGAUUCCUUGCUUCGUAAGCUCUCUAUUCAUUAUAAUUUCUCCCGCUUUGUCCCCACUGUUAAUGUUUCGCUACCCCUCCCCUUCCGGUGAGGACUUGGGCUUUGCAUGUGUGGAUUUUCUUCUUCUUCUUCUUCUCUCUUUUCUGCUGUUUCCCUUGAACAUUUGCUGGGAAUUUUCUUUUUUGUUGGCACUUAUAUGGGCUUUAGUUUGAGAAGGCGUCAAUGUCAGUUUUUGGGUUUCCGGGGGGCUACCUGUUUUGACUGUUCUUUGUAAUUGAACCUUACGUUCCUCGCCCAAAUUCUUGAGUAUGGUUAUGUUAAAGUGUGGGUUUUUUUUUUUACUUCUGUUGCGAAGUUCUUUGCAGGGUUUACUUGGAGAGGUUAGAUUUAAGUAUGUUGGUUGAAUGCGUGAUGUUGUAUCGCCUGCCUGUCGGGGGCUCUGGUUUUUAGAUAAGUGGUGAUCAAUGGGAUUGACAUUUGUGGGUUUCUUUUGUUGCCCUUUGUCUACCGAUUGGCUACUUUUCUUAUUCCUGUGGGUAGUUCAUGAAUUGUGUUGCGAAGAACUAUGAGAUGCCUGGUGGAAUUGGUGAGUGGAUAGGGAUUGUGUAUGUUGUGAGCAUCUGUGCUGGAGGUGUGCUCAACAUUGAGCACUGUUGUAGGAUUUUUGUCUAAAGGAAUCAAUGAGUUUCUGGUUAGUCAGAUUGUUGCCGAAUAGUCUUUUGCAAUCUACAUUAGUCUUGGAUAUAGAUGAACUUCGGAUGGUUGUAGAUGUAGUUGGGGAGUAGUAUAACUUCUAAGGGUCGUGGUUGGUUGGCUGUACCCAUAGUUCAUUCACUUUAAUGAUCUCGUUUAUAUUCGGCUGGUAUUAUUUAUCAUAUCUCCUUUCAUGCUUUGCAUCAAAUUGCUUCAUGCUUUCAAUUAUUGCUUUUUCAUUGAGUACUUGCAUGUUUUCUUGCAGGUGUUUCACUGGAUAAUAUACAUCUUCAGAUUGCGCCAAGUCUGAAAAUUAAGCACUGAGAAUUUACUGAUUGCACCUUGGAUUCGUAAAACAAGGUGUAGGACAUCACAGUUGGAUCUUUGUAGCCCAAGAAAGUGACGGUGGCAUAUGGUGAUUUGGAAUGGGGGUUUGACCACUUUCAAGUAAAGAAUGUGUUGUGACAGCCAGGUACUAUUAUUACUAAAAAGAAGAUAAUCCUAGGAAGAAAGCAGUUUAUGUGAAUCACGUUGAGGACUCCUUGUAUCCAUGCUGGCUGAGAGCAUGCGUGGAAUCUGUGUUUCGGGUGAUGCCCCUGACGAGAUUUGCUGCCGAUGUGCUCGGUGUGGUUACAAUUUGUCUAGUAGGUCUCUUGAUCAUCUUCGGUCUCGUCUGCAUUGUCUACUCGUUUUAUUUCCGAUCCCGCGUACGUAAUCAGGACUUGCUUAGCUACUUCAGUGGUCCUUGGAUCAUCCGAAUCAUCUUCAUUAUAUUUGUCAUCUGGUGGGCUUGUGGUGAAAUUGUACGGUUGAGUUUCUUGAAACGCAAGGGGAGGGUGUUGAAUACUCUCGACUACAAAUGGCAGGAAAAUGUCUGCAAGGGCUAUAUCAUCUCGAAUCUCGGGUUUGCAGAGCCAUGCUUAUUCCUCACACUUGUGUUUCUGCUGAGGGCUCCCUUGCAGAAGAUGGAUUCAGGAAUUUUCGAUCACAAAUGGAAUGGGAAGACAGCAGGGUAUGUUCUUCUUUUUUGCCUGCCGGUGUUUGUGCUUCAACUCUGUGUUAUUCUAAUUGGGCCUCAACUGCACAAGGAUGAUGUGGAUACAUUGAUGAAAUUGCCCCCUUAUUUUACAAGCACAGCUACACCUACAACACAGAGCAGUGCUCCUAUUGCCCUCUGUACUUACCCUUUACUGAACACAAUCCUCCUUGGGAUUUUUGCCACCGUGCUUACCCUCUACCUCUUCUGUCUUGGAAGGCGCAUCUUGAAGUUGGUCAUUAACAAGGGUUUGCAGAAGAGAGUAUAUACCCUAAUAUUCUCAGUUUCAAGUUUCCUCCCAUUGCGGGUGAUUUUACUGGGACUUUCUGUUUUAUCUGAGCCAGAGCGACUUCUUUUUGAAGCUCUUGCUUUCACAGCGUUUCUCGCCCUUCUGUGUUGUGCCGGGGUCUCUAUAUGCAUGCUUGUAUACUUCCCUAUUGCAGAUUCUUUGGCCCUGGGUAAUCUGACUGAUUUGGAGGCUAGGCGAAGGGUCAGUGAGGAACACAGUGAGAACAUCUCCCUUAUUGCUAACCAGAGCUACCCCGAAGAAAGCAGUAGAAUAAGCCCUGACAGAAACUCUGAUACAUCUACAAAGCGAGGAUCUAUUUCUUUUCGGGCUUAUGAGAAGGAUGGGGCUUCGGCUGCCACAUUUGUAGAGCUGAGCCUGUUUUCUCCCAGUCGAGACGUCGCCCCACCAGGAUCACCCCCACUUCUCGGCUGGCCAAUGCGACCUCCUCCACCAGCCCAAGCUCAGCGACCACCUUGAGAAGAAGGUUUUGGCAAGAUAAACAUUCUCAGGGUUAGUUAUCCUGGUGAAUAUCAAUUUUGCGGCGAAUAUGAGGCAAAAGGGAUUAAGUGACAAAAGGGGGAAAGAAGAUGCUGAUUGUAAAGGGGUUAGUUUCAAUAAGGGUUUUUUUGAUGAUUCUUGGUUUGCUUUCUAAUUUUAGAUAUGGUGAUGGUUGUUCUUCAGGGUUAAAUGAAUGAAUUAGUUUCGAUCAUGGUGCAGUUUUCCCUUUCCCUCUCUCCCUCAUAGCUUUUUAUUCUUUGUUCCUGGUCCCAAGGUCUUUCAGAUUUGUUGAGUUUAGCUCAAGAGAACUGAGAGGAUGGUGGGUUGCAGUCGGCCAGCUGCCUGCUGUAUUCUAAUCAUCUAAUGGGGGGGCUUUUGAACCAUCAUUUACAACUAGCUGGACAACCAAUUGUGGGUUGUAGGCAAGCUGGGACAAGUAACAAAUCUGAUCUGUCACCUGCAACAAGUGAGUUGUAUGGGGAUUUCUUGUCUUUGAAUUAUUCCUGUAUUCCAGCUGCUGCUGGGUGGUCUUUUCAAACUGGACAUGGUGGGAAUUAGUUUAUUAUUAUUAUUCCUUCUUUCCCCCUCUUUGGUUUGACCAACGCAAGUGCACUGUCCUCACCGCCGGCGACCGGCGUUGGGUGGGUGGCACUGUAGCAGGUAACUUGUUCUCAAAUUAGCUUCAGGUGCAUACAGAAAGGUAGAUGAUAACAGAAGUGAUUAAUGUCAAGCUGUGCUACCUGAUUGGCUUAAAUACCAUCGUUUUUCUCCAGGCCUUUGGAAAGUUUGGAAAAAAGACGUGCGACUUGUUCGAAAGGUGGAAUGUGGAAGAAGGGAACAUUAUAGGGUUUAAUUCAGUGUCCAAAUCCCUAAUUCAUUUUUUCUAGAAGUCGAUAUUCCUAUUCCCUAUUCCUAAGCCAAUGUUCAAAGCUUGAUUCCCACCAAAGUGAAAAAUACAUGCACGUAUAUGGUCCGUUUCUCCGGCGAGAUUAAUUGCGGUUGUAACAGAAUUGUUGUACAAUUUAGUUAAGUGAUCGAGAACAAACAUAACUUGAAUGUACAAGUUUGCGGUAUUACUCAAUCGAACAUUUCUAACUCAACGAAGAAUGUUAUUCUUCUUAAUGAACAAUAUGUUCUCGGGUUUAGUGAGUUAGAGAGACUACAACCAAUAUGUAUAUUCAUAUAUUGUUUAGCUAGAGGUCAUGUGAAUCUUUAAGCAGAACUGAUACAAGAUGCACGUAAGGUCACAUAUCAAUGGAAAAUAAAAAAUAAAUGUGACAAGUGAACCGAACCUAGACUCUCUAUCAAUGUUAUAUUCAAAAACUUCAACAAGUAAAAGUGUUAAUACUUGUUGUUCGCUUCAGUUCGAGUUCUUAAUCCGAACUUUAUCAUAAGAAGAUGACAUUGACAAAUCGUUAUAAAAAGAAUCAUCUGAGUGCGACCGGUUCAACCGACCGGUUGAACCGCUGGCUGCAACCAUUGUCAUUGGGCCAAGGCGGGCCGGAGUUGGGCCAAUAAUGGUGGUUUACGUUC